CAGACCUGACUCUUGAAAUAACAUCAGAAAGCAGAUCAGAAAGUCACCAAGAGGCUCGUUGGAGUGAUCGAGGCACAGGAAGUGUCACACAGACACACACACAGCACAUUGUGGGUCAUUCUCCGAGGACAGAAGAACAACACACUCCUGUGCUCCUGUUCUCCCACCGUCCGUCUGCCGCCUCCAUCACCUCCGUGAAGGUUCAGACUCUGGAACCUGAGAUUUCUCCUGUGGAAGGUUCAAGACCGAGACGUGAAAAUGGGAUGUUUCGAAUUCCUCAAGGUCACGAUGUUCGUGUUCAACGGCAUCAUCUUCCUGGCGGGCGCUGCCAUCCUGGGCGUGGGCAUCUGGGUGAAGGUGGACAGCGGCUCCGUCCUCGGCUUCCUGGGGAAGAUUGAGGACGCGCCCUCGCAGCUCGGUCAGGUGCUGAACGUGGGCUACCUGCUGAUCGCCAUCGGGGCGCUGCUGCUCGUCAUCGGCUUCCUGGGCUGCUGCGGCGCCAUGAAGGAGAGCAAGUGCAUGCUGCUGCUGUUCUUUAUCAUCGUGCUGCUGGUCUUCAUCGCGGAGGUGGCAGGAGCAGUGGUGAUCUUGGUGUUCAGACCCUUGGCGGACGAGCUGCUUCAGAAGCUCAGCACAGCAGCCGUUCAGAACAUCAAGAAGGACUAUGGGAAGAACCAGGACAUCACCGGCCUGUGGAACACGACGAUGACCGGGCUGCAGUGUUGUGGAUUUCAAAACUCCUCCGACUUUGUGGGUUCUCCGUAUUACGUGGAUCACGACCAGCAGUUCCCGCCUCAGUGUUGUCCCGACACACCCUCCUCCUGUAACCAGACGAACGCCGACAGUGGAAAGAUAAACCCCGGCUGCUUCCAAAAGAUCUGGGAUCUGAUUAACAGCAACACACUGGUUAUUGUGGGAGUGGCCCUGGGGAUCGCGGUUCUGGAGAUCUGUGCCAUGGUCGUCUCCAUGAUCCUGUACUGCAGGAUCAAGUCCCUGUGCGCCUGACAGGGAGGGAAGAGCUCCGCCCCUUUCCUGCAAAAACCUCUCAGUUCAGUCUGAUCACGUGCAAUCAGAUUAGUGAAUGACAUCAUCCAUCAUCUGUCCAUCAUCUGUCCAUCAUCUGUCAAUCAUCUGUUGAUCAUCUAUCAAUCAUCUGUCCUUCAUCUGUCCUUCAUCUGUCCUUCAUCUGUCCUUCAUCUGUCCAUCAUCUGUUCCAGUCCCAUCUCAUUUCUGCAAGAAACAUCAAUUUUUUUUACCACAUAUAAAUCUAACACAUGCUGUAUAUAACAAAUCUAUUUCUACACGACACUAUAUGAAGCACAGUGCUGCUACAACCGGUAACACACUGCCCGUUAAUUAAAUGAUAACUAUAAUUCACUGUGUGCGACGCUGUGGAAAGGUGUUGUCGCAGUGCAGCUUGUAAGAUAACGACAGAAGUGACACAUUAUUUGUAUGUAAGUUGUGUUGUGAACAAUUUUGGAAUAAAGUGCAGAUCAUUUGUAGAA